AUGACACGGAAGAGACGUGUCAAUUACGGGACAGUAGCGAAGUUGGAAGCAACGGAACCAAAUGUGUAUUGCACAAUCUAUAAGAGUAGGAAACAAAUCAACCAGACCAAGAACGGUAUAGUACGAGACUCGGAAAUGCAGUUUGUGAACACAAAAUUACCGACUGGAAAACAAAUGGACGUU